UUUUCCUUUCGUGUACUAAGAUUAAAUAGUAAAUAAACAGUUGACAAUGAUACGCGCGUCCUAAGUCACUCAAGUUUACCAUCCAACAUUCCUUACAUAAAAACCAAUAAUUUCGUGAAUAAACAUGUUUCGUUCUUCAAGUGAUGUUACGGAAAAUUUUUUUUCGAUGAAACAUAAUGAAGAGGAAGAAAAUGAGCGCGUACAAUGCAGGUUUUGCUCACGUGUCUUCAGUGAAACCGAGAUGCUUCUGCACUUAGGCGUGAAACAUGCGAAGAAAAUGAUGAAAUUAGCUUUAAAGGACCCGUUUUCCUGUGGUAUUUGUGUAAAAGAUUGUGAGGAUUCUAACAGCUUGCUAGAGCAUAUAAAAGUUGAACACCUUUUUACAUCAGCGGACUCGUUUAGGGUUCAACGAGAAAUAUUCAUUUGCCAUGAGUGCGGUACGAUAUUUUUCAAUAAGAAAUUCAUUGAACUGCAUUUCGAAACUCACAUUCAUAAACUAGACAAAUUCCGGAAAACACUGCAGUGUCUUGUGUGCCCAAAAAAAGUUUGUGUUAAAUCUAUGUGGGUUCAUCUACAAGGACAUGAUAUUCAAAAUGUUGGGAUGUGUCCAAUCUGUUUUGUAAAGUGCAGUAGUAGAAAACUGCUCAUCGAGCACAUGAGAACCCAUCCGAGGUAUUUGAAAUGCAACAUGUGCACCUAUGAAGCGAAACGUGAGGAUUUCUUCCGUCAGCAUGUCAUCGACAGACAUAAAACAAAUGCAACGAGUAUGAUUGAUGCAGAGUGUGAGCAAUAUUUUACACCAUAUUAUAUAGCUCCUAGGGUUUAUCAAAAACUGGGAUCUCAUGGAGUAGCUUUGACAAAUGACAUUCGCGUAUGCAUUUUGUGCCGAGAAAUAUGCGUGGGCCAGAGUAAUAUGAAGCAGCACAUUUAUGUUGAGCAUAAUUUGAAGACCGCAGAAGUGAAAGCAAAACACUUGUGCACAUGUGGAGAAAUAUUUACGAAUAAAGUACUAUUAAAACAUCACACUUUCAAGUUGAAAGGAGAUCACAAAAUGUUAGAAUGAAUGAAAAGUGGAUUGCAAAGUGUAAACUGCUUAUGCCAUGGACAAGUUAACUGUUAAGUAAUUAUUAUUAUUACAUAUUUAUUGUAAGUGUAGACUGUAGGUAGCAAAAUAUG